GUCCAAUGUUCGGUGAUGCCGCCGGGAACGCAUCGCCGAGUCGCCGGCUCCGCUCCGUAGAGAGCUGCAUGCGACUCCUCAGCAACCAACCCCCACCGAGUCGCUUCCAACAGCCCAUGUGCUGACGAGAAUGCUGGACGAGCCAAGGGAAAGACGCCGAAGAUUGGUUAGCUGACGAGCUAUCCGACGGCCUCAUGCGCUCUCUGCAGCCAAAUCCUUACCACGGCCCUGGGUGCGAUCGACGCCAUGAGGUCACGACGUGCGCCAGCUCUCUAUAAAGACCCGGGAACCGCUCCUGCAUGAACCAGAUCAUCCUCCCAAGCAGCUUCACUCAGCCUCAAUCCGCUCCCACAAGCCUCUCCCAGCUUCAAGCAGCCCGACAACUUCAAGAUGAUGUUCCAGUCCUCCACCGUGGCCCUCCUGCUCGUCAGCGGCGCCGUCGCCUCUCCCAUCUUCGGACGCGAGACGACCGCCACCAAGACCGAGUCGGCCUCCAAGGCAUCCGACACGCCCACCAUCUACGAUUGGUCUGAGGGUUGGACCAAGGGAUACACCAUCCACCAGUCCUGCAACUCCACGCUCCGCCACCAGCUUGCGGACGGACUGGACGAGGCUGUCCAGCUGGCCCAGCAUGCCAAGGAGCAUCUCCUGCGGUUCGGCUCCGACUCAGAGUUUGUCACCAAGUACUUUGGCAACGGCUCGACUUCUGGUCCUAUUGGUUGGUAUGAUCGUAUCAUCAACGCUGACAAGACUGGCGUCAUCUUCCGAUGCGACGACCCUGAUGAGAACUGCGCUACGCAAGAUGCCUGGGCUGGCCACUGGCGAGGCGACAACGCCACCUUAGAGACCGUCAUCUGCCCCCUCUCCUUUGAGAUCCGCCGCCCUCUCUCUUCCGUCUGCGGUCUCGGCUACACCGUUGCUCAGUCCAAGCUCAACACCUUCUGGGCCACCGACCUGAUGCACCGCGUGCUGCACGUCCCCAAGAUCAGCGAGUCCAUCGUCGACCACUUCGCCGAGGACUACCCUGAGGCCAUCGAGCUUGCCAAGACCGACCCUUCCAAGAGCGCCAUCGACAGCGACACGCUUCAGUACUUUGCCAUUGACGUCUACGCCUACGACAUCGCUGCUCCUGGCGUUGGCUGCACUGGCGAGGUUGAGGCGACGGAGACCAGUGACGACAAGGCUGCGACCACCACUGAGGCUGCCACUGAAUGCCACACCCAUUCCGAUGGUGCCGUCCACUGCUCUUAA